AAAAACCACAUCUCCACCCUCUUUCAUCUAUCAUGCUCGACCAACCAAGCAAAAGGAGGAAGGAAAGAGCUUUGCAAACCAUCCCCAUAGCUGAAAAUUCGAGCUCAACCUAAGGGAGUCCAAGGAGGAAGAUAAAAGAAGGAAAAAGUUGGGAAAAGUAUGAUUAAUUAAGGAACUUGUAAAGGGUAUUUCAAGUGAGUUCACAAAGUUGAAAAAGUCGCCGGAGUUGUCGCCGGAGUUGACCAAAAGUCGCCGGAGUUUCACCGGAGUUCAACCAAGAAGGGUAGAACUUCUUAACGCUAGUUCAAGGUUGAAGCUAGGGCUUGCUACUUGCACCUUCUCACGGGUGGUAUCAAAUCAGGAAGACGUGAAAGGGAGGGCAGACGAAUGAGGACCAGGAACAAUCCGAGGGGGCAGGCGCCGGUAGCAUCCCAAAGGGGAAGCCGGGCUGCAUCUCGGGGUUCGAGAGGAGGCCGUGGAGGCCGUGGAAGCCGUGGAGGUCAUCAAGCUCAAACUGUGAGUGAUGGCCAUGUAAGCUCGGUGUAUGAAACCAACACCGAGGACUAUGACUCAACCUAUGUUCCUGAAACGGAGCAUGAGGAGACCCCAUAUGAUGGGGGUGACACAUACACCGAUGAUGAUGAUGAAGAGAGUGAUGCCAAGUUCGCCCAAAUGGGCGAAUUGCUUGAGUGGUAUCAAAAAGAAAAACUGAGGAGAAACCUUAGGCGCCAAGCAAGGCGUGGCUCUCGCGGUGGUUCGCGUCAAGGAAGCCGGGGAGCUUCAAGAGCCACUCCCGUGGCGCCACAUGAUGGGCGUGAAGGAGGCUUUUGUGUGAGAAUCUCCAAGUACCUCAAGGAGGCUAGGGCCUUGGGGUGUAAGUCCUUUGACGGCACCGGUGACAUUACCGUUGCCGCCGAUUGGAUAAAGAAGGUGAAGGAUGCGGCAAAGGACAUGCAAAUUUCACCGGACGUGAAGUUGACUGUUGCUUCACGGCUGCUUGAGGGGAUAGCUUCCACGUGGUGGGAGAGUGUGGAAGGAAAAUACCAUGGGGAGGUCUCAUGGUUGAACUUUGAGCAGGAGUUUUAUGACCAAUACUACACUGACUAUGAGAAAAAUGUCAAGCGUAGGGAGUACACCAACCUCAAACAGAAGGAGGGUGUGUCUGUUAAACAACUGGAGCAAGAUUUUAGAACCUUGGCUAGGUUCUUGCCGGAGUACGCGAUCAAUGAGGACCGCAUGUCGGAGCACUUUUGGGAUGCCUUACUCUUGGACAUCCGUGACCGGGCUACGUACUCGCGCCACAUGACCUUUAGCGAGGUGGUGGAGCAGGGCCUUCUUGGGGAGGCUCAAUGGAAUGAGAGAAAAGAAAGAGACGCCGAGGAGGCGAAAAAGAGAAAAUGGCAUAAUUCGGGGCCGCCCGAGCAAGCACGGAAGAAUAACCACGGUGGGGGUGGUGGUACGUUCAAGGCGCCGGCACCACCGGCGAAGAAGAACAAGGAUGCUCGGUGGCACGCAUCCUCCUCUCAAAAUACGGGGCCUCCUAAGUGUGCCAACUGUUCAAAAAAACCACUUCGGAAAGUGCAACGCACCCCCGAGGUGUUAUCGGUGUGGGAACACGGGCCACAUGAAGGCCAAUUGCCCACAAUUGGGGGGAGGAGGAGCUCCGGGAUCCGGAGGAGGAACCAUGACGGGGAGAAACCGUGCGGGCCCGUCAAACGGCGGUACGGGAAGAGGCGGCGCGUCCACAAGUCAUGCCGCGUCCGUAAAUCAAGGCGGGACCCAAGCACGAGUGUACGCAAUGACCGAGGCGGAUGCACGAGCAAACCCGGACUCCGUUGCAGGUUGAAGCUAGGGCUUGCUACUUGCACCUUCUCACGGGUGGUAUCAAAUCAGGAAGACGUGGUUCGUGCUUCCUUAUUUUCUUUCAAACUACCGAACACUUGCUCAUGGAUAUUUUUUUUUCUACUAUAAACUACUUUUGGGGCUUGCAUGCCCAUGUUGUUGGCCGGUUGUGGCUUAUGACUUACCGUUGAAUAUUUCCGCUAUUCAUUGGUUUAAAUGUGAUGUUGUUAUGUAUGUUUACUACUGAG